AUGGCGAAGGAAGAAGAGGAUGAGAAGAAAGCCAAGAAAGGGAAGAAGGGGAAGAAGGCGCCGGAGCCGGAGAAGCCCAAGCGGAGCCUGAAGGGGACUUCGCGGCUGUUCAUGGGCUUCCGAGACCGCACGCCCAAGAUCUCCAAGAAGGGGCAGUUCCGGAGCGCAUCGGCAUUCUUCUGGGGCCUCCACACCGGACCCCAGAAGACCAAACGCAAGAAGAAGGCGCGCACGGUGCUCAAGUCCACGUCGAAGCUCAUGACGCAGAUGCGCGCGGGCAAGAAGAAGCGUGCCAUGAAGGGCAAGAAGCCGUCCUUCAUGGUGAUCCUUCCUGGCCGGCGCGGCUACGGCCGCCUGCGCCCGCGUGCCCAGUCGCUCAGCAAGGCGUCCACGGCCAUCAACUGGCUCACCAAGAAAUUCCUCAUCAAGAAGGCCGAGGAGUCGGGCAGCGCGCAGGCCACGCUGGACGCCUGGCUGGACCGCUCCGGCUCCCGCACGGGCUCGCGCAAGCUGCCCUUCCCAUCGGGCGCCGAGAUCCUGCAGCCCGGGGGUCGCCUGCGCAGGUUCCCGCGCGCCCACAGCAUCUACGCGUCGGGCGAGCCCGUGGGCUUCCUGCCCUUCGAGGACGAGGCCCCGUUCCGGCACUCGGGCUCCCGCAGGUCGCUGUACGGGCUGGAGGGCUUCCAGGACCUGGGCGAGUACUACGACUACCACCGCGAGGGUGAUGACUACUACGACCGGCAGUCGCUGUACCAGUACGAGGAGGAGCCCUACCGGGGCGCCUACGGCCUCCACGGCCCGGCCUGGCCGCCCUAUGACUACCCGCACGGGUACCCGCCCGAGAACCCCUACGACUACUAUGGCCCAGACUACUACGGGGGCUCCUUCUACUCCGACUACGGCUACCGCUAUGGCUACGACGACUACGAGCCCCCCUACGCGCCCCCGUCGGGGUUCGCGUCUCCCUAUGGCUACUACGACGCAUGCGGCGAGGCGCAACCGCACGGCUACUACCAGGACUCCUACGCUCCUUCCGACGCGCUUUACCCGCCCUACGACCUGCCCUACCUGGAUCCCUACGCGCCGCCCUACAGCGUCCCCUACGGUGCCUCCCACGGAGUCCCCUACGCCGAAGGCAUCUAUGGUGGCGGGGACCAGGCCAUCUACCCCCCCGAAGGGCCCCUAUCUUCCGCCGGAGCAGUCGGCUUCGCAUACCCGUGGGUGCCGCCGCCCAUCCUGUCGCCUCACAACCCGUACGCCCACCCCAUGGACGACAUCGCGGAGCUGGAGGAGCCCGAGGAGGCGGGCGGUGAGCGGCAGGGCACCUCCUUCCGCCUGCCCAGCGCCGCCUUCUUCGAGCAGCAGGGCAUGGACAAGCCCGCCAGGUCCAAGUUGUCCCUCAUCCGCAGGUUCCGCCUCUUCCCGCGGCCCCAAGUGAAGCUGUUUGGGAAGGAGAAGUUGGACGUGCCCCUGCCGCCCUCCCUGGACAUCCCUCUGCCCUUGGGAGAUACAGACGAAGACGAAGAAGAGGAUGAGAUGCCGCCACUGCCCCCGGUGCCCUACGGCCACCCCUUCUGGGGUUUCCUCACGCCGCGGCAGCGCCGCCUCCAGCGCGCCCUCUCGGCCUUCGGCGCCCCCCGGGGCCUGGGCUUCAGCUCGGACUUCAGACGCCCAGCGCCGCGCCCGGCCACUUCGCUGGCGCGGUUCCUCAAAAAGACCCUGUCGGAAAAGGAGCCCAUCCCACGGCUGAGGGGCAGCCAGAAGGCCCGGGCGCGAGGCCCGGCUGUCAGGGAGGCGGCCUACAAGCGCUUCGGCUACAAGCUGGCCGGCAUGGACACCGACCGGCCCGGCACGCCCAUCGUGCUGCGGAGGGCGCAGGCGCGCGUGCGCAACAACAACAACUCCCGCCGUCCGCCGACCCCGCCGCGCGCCCCGGCCCCGCCCCCGGCCCCGGCCCUGCCGGCCUGACCCCGGGCCUGCCCCCCAGCUGCCUCGCCCUACGGCUCGCUCCGCCGGCACCCGCCGCCCUGGGCCGCCCCGGCUCACGUGCCCCUCGCACCCCAGGCCAGCUGGUGGGCCUUGGCCGAGCCCCCCGUGAGCCCCGAGGGGCCCCCUGACCCUCUGGCCUUCCCCGGACCCUGGCUCUCCUUCAGGGGCUCCCGCCGGCGGGGCGCGGCCUUCGGCUUCCCCGGGCCCUCGCCCCGGCCCUCGCUGAGGAGCCCCGCCCCCGCCUGGGGUACCGCUCACCCCUGGGGCCCCUUGUCCCCCCAGCCCUCCGUCCGCCGCGGCCCCUUCCGGCCGCCCUUCUCGCCGCCGCCCUGCCGUCCCCGCUCGCUGCGGGAGCCCCCGUCCCCGCGCCGAGCCUCGGGGCGCCCGGGGCACCCCGGUCCGCCCAUGCUGGGCUCCCCGCGGCCGCCCUCGCCACCCCCUCUGCUGGGCCCCAGCCCGCGAAACCGCUCGCUCCACCUGCCCUCGCGCCUCCCGCGCACGUCCAGCCUAAGCGAGCCUCCCACCAGGGCCGUGAAGCCCCGGCCGCGCCAGCCCUUCCCCCCUGCCACCCGGGCCUGGGUCUUGGCGGCGGCUACCGCUGCCGCUGCCCCUGUUCCUGAGCACCGCGAGAGCCAGCGCGAGCCCGAGGACUCGGAGACGCCCUGGACAGUGCCCCCGCUGGCCCCCAGCUGGGACGUGGACAUGCCUGACACCCAGCGGCCACCCUCGCCCUGGCCGGGAGGCCCAGGCAGCCUCCGUGGCUUCUCCAGGCCACCCCCUGUACCCCCAAACCCCUUCCUCCAGCACGUGGGCCCAGGGCUAUCCCCUGCUCCCCAGCCUGAAGAUCCAGCCUCUGACUCAACCGGUAUCUUCCUGGGUAGACACCACGACCCAGGGCCUGGACAGCUGACCAAAUCUGCCAACCCGAGCCUCAAGAAGCCUGAAGAAGAGGCCUGCCCGGAGGACCCCCAGCCACCAGCAGAGCCUGAACGCCCGACCCUGACACCCGCUAAGGAUUUCCUCUCAGAGCGGAAAGCACUGAGGCUCAGCUUUUCCUACCCACUGGCCACCUCUGAGCAGAUGAGGGCCACAUGGCCACCAUGGCGCCGCUGGGGGACACUGCCCAGGGCCCCAGCCCCCUUGGCGCCCUCUGGGGCCCCAGGACCCCUGCCCAAGGCGGGUGAAUGGCUCCAGGCAAGCCCUGGGCGUUUUGCUGUGGUCAUGCCUCGUGUGCAAAAGCUGAGCUCUUUUCAGCGAGCUUGUUCUGCUACCCUGCAGCCUCCCAUCCAGGAGCCAGAGCCCAGGCCCAGGCUGAGAGCCUGGAGUCUGCUCUGGUCCCGCCUCUGGCUGCCGGCGGAGGCCCACCAACCCUGCACACGAGUACACGCUCGCCCCCCGUCCUGCCGCCUGGGCCCUGGAGCUGCCUGCCUGCCCCACGGGGGCUCCGGGGAAAAGGUUGGCCCCAAAGGCUGGUGGAACAAGAUGCACUCCAUCCGCAACCUGCCGUCCACACGGUUCCGCGAGCAGCAGCGGGAGGACGGCGUGGAGGACAUGACGCAGCUGGAAGACCUCCAGGAGACCACUGUGCUGGCCAACCUCAAGACCAGAUUUGAACGGAACCUCAUCUACACGUACAUCGGCAGCAUCCUGGUGUCGGUGAACCCGUACCGGAUGUUUGGAAUCUACGGGCUGGAGCAGGUGCAGCAGUACAGCGGGCGGGCCCUGGCCGAGAAUUCCCCGCACCUCUUUGCAAUUGCAAAUCUCGCCUUCGCCAAAAUGCUCGAUGCCAAACAGAACCAGUGCAUAAUCAUCAGUGGAGAGAGCGGCUCUGGAAAAACUGAGGCCACGAAGCUGAUUCUGCGCUACCUGGCGGCCAUGAACCAGAAACGGGGCGUCACACGGCAGAUAAAGAUCCUGGAGGCCACACCCCUCCUGGAGUCCUUCGGUAACGCCAAAACUGUCAGGAACGACAACUCCAGCCGCUUCGGGAAGUUUGUGGAGAUCUUUCUGGAAGGGGGCGUGAUUUCUGGUGCCAUAACCUCGCAGUACCUGCUGGAGAAAUCCAGGAUCGUGUUUCAGGCCAAAAACGAGAGGAACUACCACAUCUUCUACGAGCUGCUGGCCGGGCUGCCCGCCCAGCUCCGGCAGGCCUUCAGCCUGCAGGAGGCCGAGACCUACUACUACCUGAACCAGGGUGGGAACUGUGAGAUCUCAGGGAAGAGCGACGCGGACGACUUCCGCCGGCUGCUGGCCGCCAUGGAGGUGCUGGGCUUCAGCGCCGAGGACCAGGACAGCAUCUUCCGCAUCCUGGCCUCCAUCCUGCACCUGGGCAACGUCUACUUUGAGAAGUAUGAGACGGACGCACAGGAGGUUGCCUCGGUGGUGAGCGCCCGGGAGAUCCAGGCCGUGGCCGAGCUGCUGCAGGUCUCCCCCGAGGGCCUGCAGAAGGCCAUCACCUUCAAAGUGACCGAGACAAUGCGAGAGAAGAUCUUCACCCCCCUGACCGUGGAGAGCGCCGUGGACGCCAGAGAUGCCAUCGCCAAGGUCCUGUACGCGCUGCUGUUUGGCUGGCUCAUCACCAGGGUCAACGCGCUGGUGUCCCCGCAGCAGGACGCGCUGUCCAUCGCCAUCCUGGACAUCUAUGGCUUCGAGGACCUGAGCUUCAACAGCUUCGAGCAGCUGUGCAUCAACUAUGCAAACGAGAGCCUCCAGUACCUCUUCAACAAGAUCGUCUUCCAGGAGGAGCAGGAGGAGUACAUCCGCGAGCAGAUCGACUGGCGGGAGAUCGCCUUCGCCGACAAUCAGCCCUGCAUCAACCUCAUCUCGCUGAAGCCCUACGGCAUCCUGCGCAUCCUCGACGACCAGUGCUGCUUCCCCCAGGCCACAGACCACACAUUUCUGCAGAAGUGCCAUUACCACCACGGCACCAACCCACUCUACUCCAAACCCAAGAUGCCACUGCCCGAGUUCACCAUCAAGCACUACGCGGGCAAAGUCACCUACCAGGUGCACAAGUUCCUGGACAAGAACCAUGACCAGGUGCGCCAGGACGUGCUGGACCUGUUUGUGCGGAGCCGGACACGGGCGGUGGCACACCUCUUCUCCAGCCAUGCCCCGCAGGCUGCCCCUCAGCGCCUGGGCAAGAGCAGCUCCGUCACCCGGCUCUACAAGGCGCACACGGUGGCCGCUAAGUUCCAGCAGUCGCUCCUGGAUCUGGUGGAAAAGAUGGAGAGGUGUAACCCCUUGUUCGUCAGGUGCCUGAAGCCCAACCACAAGAAGGAGCCAGGCCUCUUUGAGCCAGAUGUGGUGAUGGCCCAGUUACGCUAUUCGGGGGUGCUGGAGACUGUGCGGAUCCGCAAGGAGGGCUUUCCGGUGCGGCUGCCCUUCCAGGUGUUCAUCGACAGGUACCGCUGUCUAGUAGCCCUCCAGCACAACCUACCAGCCAGUGGGGACAUGUGUGUGUCCGUGCUGAGCCGCCUGUGCACGGUCACGCCAAACAUGUACCGCGUCGGCAUCAGCAAGCUGUUCCUGAAGGAGCACCUGCACCAGCUGCUGGAGGGCAUGCGGGAGCACGUCCUGAACCUGGCAGCCCUCACGCUGCAGCGCUGCCUCCGCGGCUUCUUCAUCCAGCGGCGUUUCCGCUCCCUGCGCCACAAGAUCAUCUUGCUGCAGAGCCGGGCCCGUGGCUACCUGGCCAGGCAGCGGUAUCAGCAGAUGAGGAGGCGUCUGGUGAAGUUCCGGGCCCUGGUGCACACGUGCACAAGCCACCGGCGUCACCUCAAGGUGCUGCAGGCCUGCCCCUCGCCCUCCUCCCAGGAGCCAGGCCUGCCCCCUCUCCUGCAGCCGAGGGCGGAGCGGAGGCUCUGGGUGGCAGAGGCGCGGCUACGGGGGCAGGAGGUGGGUGCGGGGGUCCGGGUGGCCGCAGGGGACGGGAAGGGGGGCCGGCAGGAGCUGAGCAAGCGGCAGGUGGUGGCUGUGGGGCACCUGGAGGUCCCGGUGGAGCUGGCUGGGCUCCUGCGAGCAGUGGCGGGCCUCAGGACGGGCCAGGUGCCCCGGGUGGCCCCCGUGCGGACUCCCCGGCUUCAGGCUGAGCCCCGGGUCACGCUGCCCCUGGAUAUCAACAACUACCCCAUGGCCAAGUUUGUCCGGUGCCACUUCAAGGAACCUGCCUUCGGGAUGCUGACACUGCCCCUGAGGACGCCCCUCACACGGCUGCCGGCGGAGUAUCAUGCAGAGGCCGUGGGCAUCUUCAAGCUGAUCCUGCGUUUCAUGGGCGACCCCCAGCUGCAUGGAGCCCGGGACCAUGUCUUCGGGAACUACAUCGUGCAGAAAGGGCUGGCGGUGCCCGAGCUGCGGGAUGAGAUCCUGGCGCAGCUGGCCAACCAGGUGUGGCGCAACCCCAGUGCCCACAACGCUGAGCGGGGCUGGCUCCUGCUGGCCGCCUGCCUCAGCGGCUUUGCGCCUUCCCCGCGCCUCGACAAGUACCUGCUCAAGUUUGUGUCUGAUUACGGGCGGAAUGGCUUCCAGGCUGUGUGUCAACAUCGCCUCAUGCAGGCCAUGGGCCAGGCCCAACAGCAGGGCCCUGGCGCUGCCCGCACCUUCCCUCCGACCCAGCUCGAGUGGACGGCAACCCAGGAGAAGGCCGGGAUGGCGCUGGACGUGGGCUGCUUCAACGGUGACCAGCUCUCCUGCCCAGUGCACUCCUGGAGUACGGGGGAAGAGGUGGCCGGAGACAUUCUGAGGCACAGGGGGCUGGCCGACGGCUGGCGGGGCUGGACGGUGGCUAUGAAGAAGGGGGUCCAGUGGGCAGAGCUGGCCGGCCACGACUACGUGCUGGACCUGGUGUCGGACCUCGAGCUACUCAGGGAGUUCCCGCGACAGAAAGCCUACUUCAUCGUGGGUGCAGAGGGGCCCACGGCUGGCAGGGGAGGUCCCAGGGUUUUUGGAAACAGCUGGGACUCGGACGAGGACGUGCCCACGAGGCCCCAGCCCCCGGGGCACGUGCCCGUCGUGGCCAACUCCGAUGGGUACUGCAGCCACAAUGAGGACGGUACAAAUGGGGAGAUUGAGGCACAGAGAGGGACAGCGACCCACCAAGACUCGGACGGCCGUGGGGAGCCCGCUGUGCCCCACAAAGGACUGGACUGCUACCUGGAUAGCCUCUUCGACCCCGUGCUGUCCUACGGGGAUGCGGACCUGGAGAAGCCAACAGCCAUUGCUUACCGCAUGAAAGGGGGAGGCCAACCUGGUGGAGAUGGCAGUGGCGGCAGCAAAGGCACCCCCCGGAGACCUCCAGAGCCAAAGCCAAAGCUAAUUCCAGGCCUGGACGCCUCCACGUUGGCCCUGCAGCAAGCCUUCAUCCACAAGCAGGCUGUGCUGCUGGCCCGGGAGAUGACCCUGCAGGCCAUGGCGCUCCAGCAGCAGCCCCUGAGUCCCAGCCCAAGGCCAUCGCCCCCAGAGAAACCCCUAGCGCCAGAGGCCCGGCCGAAGUUCGUAGGCACUGGACUCCCGGCCAAGCCUGUGCUCUUGCGCUCCGCUCCAAAGCCUGUGGCUCCCGCUCCUCUGGCCAAGGCCCCGAGGCCCCCCACCAAGCCCGUGGCUGCCCCCAUUCUAGCUCAGGGCCGGGCUUCUCCAGAAUCCACUUCGCCCGGCCUAGAGCUGGUCCGGUCCUCGACCCUCAACUCGGAGCACUUCCCGCAGCCCACGCAGCAGAUCAAGGACAUCGUCAGGCAGCACCAGCAGCCGCCCCGGGGAGGCCGGCCCGAGGCCUUCAGGAAGGACGGCGGGAGGGUGUUCGUGAAGCGGCCAGACCCCCACGAGGAGGCCCUGAUGAUCCUGAGGGGGCAGAUGAGCCAUGCAGCGGCAGCACCUGGCACCCAGGUCCCCAGAGAGGCCGUAGCCCUGGUGAAGCCAGUGACCAGCACACCAAGGCCAUCCGUGGGGCCCACUCCAGCGCUGUCCUCACGGUCCCUGGAGCCGGCCGAGGACCCCGUGCAGACGCGGCUGCACCGCCUCCUCAGCCCCGACUUCUACGGCUACCAGGAUGCCCCCUGGCAGAUCUUCCUGCGCAAAGAGGUGUUCUACCCCAAGGACAGCUACAGCCACCCCGUGCCGCUGGACCUGCUGUUCCGCCAGAUCCUGCACGACACGCUCUCCGAGGCCUGCCUGCGCAUCUCUGCGGAGGAGAGGCUCCAGAUGAAAGCCCUGUUUGCCCAGAACCAGCUGGACACACAGAGGCCCUUGGUGACGGAGAGUGUGAAGCGGGCCGUGGUCAGCAUUGCACGCGACAGCUGGGAGGUCUAUUUCUCCCGCCUCUUCCCUGCCACGGGCAGCGUGGGCACCGGCGUGCAGAUCCUAGCUGUGUCCCACACGGGCAUCAAACUCCUGCGCGUGGUCAAGGGCAGCCACGAGGCCGGUGGGCAGCUUCGGGUCCUGCGCACAUACAGCUUUGCAGAUAUCCUGUUUGUGACCAUCCCCUCCCAGAACAUGCUGGAGUUCAACUUGGCCAGCGAGAAGGUCAUUCUCUUCUCAGCCCGAGCUCACCAGGUCAAGACCCUGGUGGACGACUUCAUCCUGGAGCUGAAGAAGGACUCGGACUACGUGGUCGCUGUGAGGAACUUCCUGCCUGAGGACCCAGCGCUGCUGGCCUUCCACAAGGGCGACAUCAUCCACCUGCAGCCCCUGGAACCACCUCGAAUGGGCUACAGUGCUGGCUGUGUGGUCGGCAAGAAGGUCGUGUACCUGGAGGAGCUGCGGCGUCGAGGUCCUGACUUCGGUUGGCGAUUUGGGACCAUCCAUGGGCGUGUGGGCCGCUUCCCUUCCGAGCUGGUGCAGCCUGCGGCUGCCCCCGACUUUCUGCAGCUGCCUGCCGAGCCGGGCCGGGGCCGCGCUGCUGCCGUGGCCGCUGCCGUGGCCUCCACUGCCGCUGCCCGGGAGGUGGGCCGCAGGAGGGAGGGUCCCCCAGUCAGGGCUGGCUCCGCAGACCGCGGGGAGGACGGCCUGGCUCUCCCACCGUACACAAUGCUCGAGUUUGCCCAGAAGUAUUUCCGAGACCCUCAGAGGAGACCCCAGGACGGCCUCAGGCCGAAAUCCAAGGAGGGUCGGGAGUCCAGAACCUUGGAGGACAUGCUUUGCUUCACCAAGACCCCGCUCCAGGACUCCCUCAUUGAGCUCAGCGACAGCAGCCUCAACAAGAUGGCCACAGACAUGUUUCUAGCUGUGAUGCGGUUCAUGGGAGAUGCCUCGCUGAAGGGCCAGAGUGAACUGGAUGUGCUUUGCACCCUCCUGAAGCUGUGCAGGGACCAUGAGGUCAUGCGGGACGAGUGUUACUGCCAAGUUGUGAAGCAGAUCACAGACAACACCAGCACCAAGCAGGACAGCUGCCAGCGAGGCUGGAGGCUGCUGUACAUCGUGGCUGCCUACCGCAGCUGCUCCGAAGUCCUCCAGCCACACCUCGUUCGCUUCCUCCAAGCCGUGGGCCGGACCCCGGGCCUGCCCUUCCAGGGGAUUGCCAAGGCCUGUGAGCAGAACCUGCAGAGAACGCUGCGCUUCGGUGGCCGUCUGGAGCUCCCCGGCAGCAUGGAGCUUCGGGCCAUGUUGGCCGGCCGCAGUUCCAAGAGGCAGCUCUUUCUUCUCCCCGGAGGCCUCGAGCGCCAUCUCAAGAUCAAAACGUGCACUGUGGCCCUGGACGUGGUGGAGGAGAUCUGUGCUGAGAUGGCUCUGACCCGCCCCGAAGCCUUUGAUGAGUAUGUCAUCUUUGUUGUCACCAACCGAGGCCAGCACGUGUGCCCACUCAGCCGCCGCGCCUACAUCCUGGACGUGGCCUCGGAGAUGGAGCAGGUGGACGGCGGCUACACGCUGUGGUUCCGGCGCGUGCUCUGGGAUCAGCCGCUCAAGUUCGAGAAUGAGCUCUACGUGACCAUGCACUACAACCAGGUGCUGCCCGACUACCUGAAGGGCCUGUUCAGCAGCAUGCCGGCCGGCCAGCCCGGCGAGCAGCAGCUGCAGCAGGUGUCCAAGCUGGCCGCGCUGCAGCACCGAGCCAAGGACCAUCUCUACCUGCCCAGCACGCGCGAGGCCCAGGAGUACAUCCCAGCCCAGCUCUACCGCACCGUGGCCGGCUCGGCGUGGCUCAGCCUGCUCGGCCAGCACCGGCAGCAGAUGCAGGCGCUCAGCCCCCACCAGGCUCGCGCCCAGUUUCUGGGCCUCCUCAGCGCCUCGCCCAUGUUCGGCUCCUCCUUCUUCUCCGUCCAGAGCUGCAGCAACGUCGCGGUGCCCGCCCCCUGCGUCCUGGCGGUCAACCAGAAUGGCCUCAACUUCCUCAGCACCGAGACGCACGAGCUGAUGGUGAAGUUCUCCCUGAAGGAGAUCCAGUCGACGAGGACCCAGCGGCCCACGGCCGGCUCCAGCUGCCCGUACGUGGAGAUCGCACUGGGGGAUGUGGCGGCCCAGCGCACCGUGCAGCUGCAGCUGGAGCAGGGCCUGGAGCUGUGUCGCGUGGUGGCCGUGCACGUGGAGAACCUGCUCAGUGCCCGUGAGAAGCGGCUCACGCUGCCCCCCAGCGAGAUCACGCUGCUCUGACCCAGCCCCCAGCCCCCAGCUGCCCUGUGCCAGGAGGCUUGCUGUGUGGUCCCAGGGGAGUUACUGGGCCAGAACCUUAGGGGAGACCAAGAGGCAGUAGGUGGCGUGGCGCAAGCCCCCAGGAACCUGAGAAGACUGAUCCUGAGUUGGGAUGGAGUUGCAGUGUGCAGACUUGGGUCAGAUGGCAGGAGGGACUUCCAAAGACUGACCAGUGGGGCCUCCUGCCACCUACCACUGUGGCCCUGCCCCGACUCCCCUGCGGCAGGGAAGCCCCACAGCGGAGACAAACUGAACCUGCCUUUGCUUUUCUUGGGGUCUGAUGUUCAAAUCUCCAUCUCCCUGUCCUGGUCCCUCACACGUCCCCCUCAGGUGCCCCUGCACUGCUGCUGAGCUUGGAUUCCUGGCUCUUGGUCA